UUGCUUCCCUGAAGGCCAAAGUCAGGUCUCCAUUUUCUUGCGGUAGCUUUUCUGGGAUGAAGGCACCGUUGAGGUGGAUUGAGAAGGUGCUGAUGUCUGUAACGGGUAUCUGCGAAGUCUGUCAGUAACAGAGCACCCACCAGGUUAUAGGUUUCCCUUUAAGCACCGCUCUGCAAGGUAGGGCGUUACUAUUACCCCCACCUAGGUGGGAAACUGAGGACAAGAGAGCUCCAACAACUACCCCAAGGUUGCACGGGAGAUCUGCAGCAGAGCAGGAGACCCACCGCGGGUCUGCUCAGUCCCAAGCCAGCAGCUUUAACCACCGGACCUUCCUGCCCUCCGGCCGUGCUUUUCUUCAUCUUGUUCAACCGAGCUGCUCACUCUGAACGUGCGAGAUGUGUACUGAACGAGGCUUCUGAACUAAGGCGUUUAGAGUUCAAUUCCGUUUUCCUGGGGGCAUACAGAAGGGAUGGAGACUUCCUGAGCUGCUCUGCAAGGAGACCUCGUUGGAAAAUCAGGUUUUAAGACUUUCUGGAAGAAGUAAACAGAAGUGUUUGGUAGCCAGAGGGGGGAGGGCUUUCCUAGCAUCUGAAGCCUGUAGAAAGAGGAGAUGAGAGUCAGAGAAGCAGAGCUCAGAAAGAAGAUCAUAAAGUUGAUGUGGAGGAAGGAGGGGAAUUGGGUGCUGCCUUGAAGGUGACGGUUCAGAGCACGAACUUGCGUUGUGAUGAAAACUUGAAGCCCGAAGGUUGAGACUGGCCCAAGCCCCUUCCUUACCUCACACGCGAGUCGCGAUGGGCUCUGCUCAUCAUGACUUGUUCUUGCAGAGCUGUGCUGGAGACAGGCUGCGGGCAGCACCGCCAACGGCCCCAAGCAAUGCGGCGGCUUGCACUGAGCAGAUUUUGAACCAUGUGGGGAUUAUUUCUUCUUAAGUGGAAGAGCCUUUAUACUGUAUCCAGACUGCUUCUCAAAAAUUCCCGUUUGGAGCUCUCAGGGCCCUGAGGGAGCACUGAGAAUAAGGACUGGCUUGACUGGUUUGCAGCUUCGCAGAAAUCUCGUGGACUCACUUACUCUGGAAGAGGUUCAUAAGGGACGUUGGCAUAGGUUUUCUUUCUCUUGGAAACUCACUCUCUGCAUUAAAUAUGAACGAAGAUUUCCCCAGCCUCAGGAGCCCCAGCUGAGCUGUUACAGAGGCUUUUGAUCCAGCCGAGCCAAGAGCUUUGUGUAGGUAGAGGACGUGAGUCAACAAAUGGUCUCUGUGAGCUGCCAGGAGCUGCUACCCUCCUUGACCAGCUCUUCCCUGCUCGAGAGCUUUGCCGGUGCUCUGCAGCGCAGCAUGCCGCCGUCCCUCCUGCCGGGGCACGGCAGCGAGAGGGUGUCCGGCCACCCCGAAGGCUCCGGCCAUCUCCUUGCGGGCAGCACCAGCCACUGUGAAGGCACCCCACUCCCCCUGCCCGGUGCAAAGGGGGAAGAUGCAAAACGCCGAGUCCCUGCCUGCGAGGCUCACCUCAGGCUGCCUGACUUCUGCAGCAGCCUCUCCCAGGACUUCACUCCCACCCUGGAGGAGAUUGAGGAGUUCCUAAGGGAGAAGGCUGAGUUCCUCAAAGAUGAAGCAAGCGAGCUUCACCCAGCUGGAGGGAAGGUCGAGAUCAAACCUGAGGUCAGCUUAGGUGGCCCUGGGGGACAGCCUGUCUCCUGUGAGGUUCAAGAAGAUGAUGUCUCAAAUGCUGCUCAGCCUGGAGGGACAGCUGAUGGCAGUGACCAGGUGGUAGCUGCUGGGAGCAUCCCUGUUGUCCUCCAAAUCCAGCCUCUCCAGAUGGACAGUGGCAGCGCGCUAGCACAGAGUGCUACAUGUGGUGUCCGGGUGGCCCAGCUGGUUAUCAGCUUGCAGGGCCAAAACCUGUCCCUCCUCCCUCAGGUCCAGCCCCCUGCAACCAUCAUGGACCAAAAGUAUGUCAAAAUUGCCCCCCUGCCAGUCACCAUGAGGCCAGGGGCAGCGGGGGAUGCGCAAGAGGCGGAGGCAACCCCCAGGUACCAGAAAGCCCCCCCUUCCCUCGUGCGCGUCCAUAAGUGCUCGCACCCGGGCUGCGGCAAGAUGUACACCAAGAGUUCCCACCUCAAGGCCCACUUUCGUCGGCACACCGGGGAGAAACCCUACACUUGUGCUUGGCCCAACUGCGGCUGGCGGUUUUCCCGGUCAGAUGAGCUCUCCCGUCACAAGCGCUCCCACUCCGGUGUCAAGCCGUACCAGUGUGCCACCUGCGAGAAGAAGUUUGCCCGCAGUGACCAUUUAGCCAAACACGUGAAGAUCCACCGGGGCCAGCCGUACAGCCAGCGGACGCUUCAGGGCGGCAGCAGGUGUUAAGCCUUGCUGCUCAUCCUUGCGAGGCUGAGCCCAGGAGGCCCCGAAGCCAGGCAGACAAUGCAAAAAACACUACGCUAACGAAGAGGGGGAAAUGACUCUUUUUAACAAAUUAUAAGCUAUCCAGUGUUAAUACCUCAGUUCAAGGAUGACCUAUGUUCGGGGCCUGGUUCUGGUACUACAUCCCUCUCUUAAAUAUAUGUGAUGGAAACCUAA